AGCCAGACGAGGUAGGACUACUGUGAAGAACAAGUAAACAAAAUAAACAGGAGUUAUCAAAACAAACACAUCUUACUGCUAGAUUUUCUCCGUAAUCCUCGUCUACAUGAUGGAAUUUGAGGAAAUGAUGAUCGGUGGUGGAAACGACGGUGACGAGGAUGGAUCUCGCGAAAGAAAAGAGGGAGGCAAAAGGGGACGCAAACCGGGAAGGAAGGCCUCGGAAAAGUCCGAUGUUAAAGCCAAGUUAGAGCGAAGUCGGCAAAGUGCUCGUGAAUGCCGUGCAAGAAAGAAGUUACGUUAUCAGUACCUGGAAGAGCUGGUUGCAGACAGGGAGAAGGCAGUGCUGGCACUGCGCCUCGAGAUUGAAAAGUACAAGGUUUGGUGCAAGGAGCUAGAUGAUGGACGGAUACCAGACGGCUUCCAAGAGUUGCUGGAGGAAGUGGGCGCUCUAAAACAAGAGAAGUAAAUAAAACACAAUUAUUCCUGUUACUCAUUGUCAAACUCAAGCUCUAAUUAUGAUCGUUUUCAUUAAUAUUAUAAAUACCAUUGCUGUUAUUAUCCAGUGUGAAUUAUAUUUUAUUGUUGUGCUUGCACUUGUCUGGCCACAGGUCUCAAAAUUUUAUAUCAAAAAUGCCAGUGGGAAUUUAAGUUAUGUAUGUAACAUUCCAACCCUUUCAAAUCUGUUUAUUCUAAGACUGUUACAUAAUGUUUUCUUUCUUUGAAAUAGCCUUACUGAAGCCUAACUGCCUUUCUUUACAAAUGAUUUUUUGAUCUGUGGCCUCAGAAAUGCUAGAGUGUGUCAUAACAUUGUUCAAACUCAUCUGCCUCGCCUGAAGGCCUCAAGAUGUGGUUUGUGUCGUUGUCUAAGCCAUUAAGUUUAAAUUGGACAAGAAUAGUUUUUGAUGUGUGUUUUAAACUUUUUUUUCUUCAUUUAGGUCUUUGCUUGAGCAAAGUUAUACCAAAUAUUUUUAGACUAUUGUGAUUUCAUUCAUCUUGUCAAGUUGUUUGUUAAUGUAUUGGGUGUUCAUGUACUGAUUAUAGUGGUUGGUUGUAGGAAUAUAAAUUUGAUUGUAGAUCACAUUUGAUGAGUUUCUUAUGUUAAUUUGCAUCGAAAUGCACAGAUUAAGUCCUUUUUUUAAAGCUGUUAACUCAAGUAUUUUCUAAUGCAUAGUGUGCAUUAGUAAUUCACUUUUAGGCCCCAGAAGCAGCAUUAUGGUUUAUGGGGUUUUAUUUAUUGACACCACCAUUUAGUUGAGCUCUCUGAGCUUGAAGUUACUAGACCAAGCUUUUGUUUUAUUAUGUUUUAUUUGUAUCAAUGACUUCCUUUCCAAAUGUAAAUUUAUCUUUAUUUUCAUAAUUUGGCUGAAGUUAAGUCUCAAACCUGGUCGUGUGUACACUAAUCAUAGAAAUAUUUUUCUAGUAGAUUCUCUCAUUUUGGGUGAUGAGAACCUUAAAUACAACUGUUGUUGAUAUUUUGUAGAAUACUUCCUUUAAUGUUCGCACAUCAACUGUGUAUGCAUUUUCUCUACAAUUACAGAUUCUGUUGUGGUGUAUGUUAAUCUGUGUGGCUGUGAAUACUGAUGUGCUCCUAAGUGUAAUCAGUAUACCUGUCACCAAGAUGUCAAUUAAUUUUAAACAUAAAAAUUAUCCGAGUUGUCCUCUUUAUCAAAAUUACUCUCCUACACAUGUUGUUUUAUUUCAAUGAGACAACUGCUGGGCUCUUACUUUCAUUAGGUACCUUUUAGAAUUUUUAAAGCCAUUCUAGCUGGGUUUAUGGAUUUUUAUUUUACAUUGCUUGUGGAAGCUACAUUGUUUUGUGAACUUUAUUGUCUCCAUCUGUGCUCUAUGUCAGUACUUUCCCUGAAGGUAUUUGUAGAGGUAUGUGGGGGAGUGCAAGCGAGGGUGAACUCAGUACAGAAUUGAGCCUGAAAAGGCUUCAGAAGCUUCCAUUGUGUCUCUCUUGUAGCCUUUAUUUUGUGUUUACUUGUCUUUUCAUGAAGUUGUUCAAUGCAUGGCUGUGGACUAAGGCUUUGGAAUGAAAGAUUAUGCGGGUAAUAGUGAUUAUCGUAGUAUAAGAACUUUAGUGUUGUAAGGAAUGGUGGUACUGUUAAAUUAAACAACUAUGAUUUAUGCAUCUUAAUCAAGGUUCUGUUAAUGGUUUUGAAUGUUCCGACCAGUGGCUAUCAAUUCCUUUGCCAUUUGUGAUUUACCAAAAUUGUUGGUUUCUUUGUACUUAUUAAUAAUAAGUUCAGUAACAUUGACUAUUGGUUUGUACUACCACAGUAUUAAAGUCACUAAGCUACCCAAGGCUUAAUUCCUCCUGGAUGUCAUUCUGUAUUUAACCUCCUUUCCUUCUCUCUGUUGCUUAUAGCUUGGAAGCACAAACCUAUCCGUGCCAUGAGCGCUUUUGAAACAAUCAAAAUUGGUUUCCAUCUAUUUGAUGAAAAUAUUGUUAUCUCUUUAUAAAAUUUUAUUCUCUUCUCUAAUAGCAGCUUUGUUCAGUUUUCUUUCAUUGAUAGCCUUUAUCAAUUGUAGCAGGUGUUGUUUUUGUUUAUUUUGUAAUGAGAAGGACAAAAUUUAUCCGUCGGAUGUACCUGCCAUGUUGAACCUAUCUGUUAAAUUUUCUUUCUGUAAUCAACUAAGAAACAAAUGACUCAAGGAGCAUUUAAUGCACGCUUCAUUUAUUUUGUUGCAUUGUCUAAAGGAAUGGACGGUAUGUAUUUAAAUUUGGAUCAUUUUAAGCUUCUUACUAGCAAACCUCUUCUGCUUUGAAUUUGUUGCCAGACUCUGUAACUAUGUAGUCCAUGGUGUAUGUAUAAGAGCAGCCAUAGUUCUGUACAAGUGUUAGAAUAUGAGUUUCAUUCCCUGUGUGUUGUUUCUUUAUGUGUUGGGGAAAGAUGUCUAUUUAUUUUGACAUGAGUUACAGAAAUAAAAUUAUUUAUGAUUAUUA